GCGAACUUAAUUAAUAAUUAUAUUAUACGGAUUUCGAUUUAUUUUGUAGAAGUACUUGCCAUAGCUUAAAGUCUCAGUCAGAAUUCAGAUACGUCUUGUUUCUUGCAGUGGUCAGUGCAGUGUUUUGCUAGCGACCAAUAACUUGUUGGCGUGUGGAAGUUUGUGAUUCUGAGCUGGUUUAGAAACAGUCCUUUAUCAUUUAAUUAUUAUUUAAUUCGCUACAACUAAUAAUAGGUAACAAUAAUAAACACAUUUUCAUCUUCAUAUUGCGAAGUUUUAGAUCUCCUGACGUAGUGACAUAUCGUUUCACAAUUAGUACAGAUUCCACGGUGGAAUUUUGUGUACGUUGUGGAAAAACAUCCGUGAGGUGUAAUAAAGUGCACAGUGAAUUUGCGGUGUAACAAAAUAGUGUUAUUUGUGCAGUGUGUAUGUGAAAUAUGCUUGGUUAUAGUCUACUAAUUGGAAGACAUUUGCAAGAAAGGGAAACGAUGCCGCUUCAAGUCAAUAUAGCAACAUAAUGGCGUAUUCACAAUCGCGGCAGUCUCGUAUCGCUGCCAACGAUGUUGCGACCGGAGUCCCCUCUCGCUGACCAUCGCAGCCUCCUGCCGCGUCGGCUGCUUCCGGUCAAGGCACAGAUAGCACCCGCCGACAAAAAGAAAAACCGCCGGUCUCUCGAACUUAACCCCCCCUCCGACCACCCCACUUAUGACUAUCCGAAGCUCCUCAUCUCAAAAACCACCGAUUCCCUCAACACGGAGUGCCCUCGCAAACACUUAAAUAAACAAGAUUCGACUGAUAGCUUAAAGAGGGCGCUUCUCGCCAAAGAGGACAAAAAGCUCAAGGACGAUAAGAAAGUCGCGAAGCAGGAUUCGAGUGAAAGUCUUAAGAAGGCUCUGUUAUGUAAGCAGGACUCGAAUGAUAGUCAGAAGCGUGUGGAAGUCGAUGUUAAAUGGACGCAAAAGGAGGAAAAGAGGGAGGUGAAGCGGGGUAGCGAUAAGAAGGGGUUGUUAGAGACUGAUAUAGAUGAUACUUACAAACGGAUUUAUGAAAGGAGGACGGGAUGUGCCCGGCCUACGUUACCGCCCGUGGCAGAGAAAGGGGGGUCUGCAAAGUCUCCUAAUGGGAGUCCAAUCACUCCUGGGGUGGCGGCUGUGGCUGAAGGUGUAGUCCGGUGGGGGAGUGGGCUCCUGUCGCCAAAGGAGGAACCAAGACUUCGACCGGCCAGGAGCUGGUACGGGUAUGGGACUCUACCGUCAGAUAGUGAUAAGAUGGGAGCAGGUGCGAAUGGUCCAGGCGGUCGUCGCGCAUUGGAGCUCAUCUUGAGCGGUGGUCUGAAGUCCUUGGCUAGACAAAAUAAGCCAGUUCGAAGAGCAGCUUCAAGGGAUUCGGUGUUGUCCCAGCCUCAGCCCUUGCUCGAAGGUCUAAGAAAGUGCUCGACUGUGCUGGCUCUGACAGACCGAGAAAAGGUUCCAGAGCCGAUAAGAGCACACAACAGACUGAGGGCGCCUUCCGUCUGCUCCCGAUGCUCUUCGCUUCUGUCAUUGGCUGGUGCUGGUGGAUCUAGGUAUUCACUGGAUGGUGCAGGCGGUGGGUUCAUACCAACAGCGCCGAUUAAUUGCAUGCUAUGUUUAGAAGACGCUACACCAGAUAAAGUAACUGUGAUAGCAGGAUGUGGCUGCUCUUUCUGCACGAAGUGUAUGAAGUCAUACGUGGAAUUCGAGGUAUGUAACGGCGCUUACGAGGUGUCAUGUCCCGACGCAAGAUGCAGUACCAGCGCAGCGCUAUCUAUCGACGAGAUAUCGAAACUUGUUAAUAGCAAUCUCCUGGAGAAGCAUAUUAAGUUCCGGAUUAAUCAUGAAGUGGCAAUGGACGCGAUGCGUGCUUUCUGCCCGCGGCCAGGCUGCGAUACAAUAGUGCAGGUGCGAGCAGCAAGUCCAGCUCAUUGUCCCAACUGCAAACAUGACUUCUGCUCGCAGUGCAAUCAGGAGUGGCAUGGCGGAAUUACCUGCGAAGCGGCGGCUGCAUCUUCAUCAAUGGGAGGCGCCGGUGCACCCUUACUUGCUGACUCUGAAUUGAUAAAACUCUGCCCUAUGUGCCGAGUGCCCAUCGAAAAGGAUGAAGGCUGUGCCCAAAUGAUGUGCAAGCGAUGCAAACACGUCUUUUGCUGGUAUUGCCUGGCCUCUUUAGAUGACGAUUUCCUCCUGCGCCACUACGACAAAGGGCCGUGUAAAAACAAACUAGGCCACUCUCGCGCAUCAGUUUUGUGGCAUCGCGCUCAGGUAGUGGGUAUAUUUGCUGGUUUCGGUUUGCUGCUGCUAGUUGCUAGUCCGUUGCUGUUGCUGGCUGCGCCGUGCAUUGUUUGCUGCAAAUGCAGAUUAUGCAAUCCAAAUACAAAGAACUUAGAAGAGGUGGACGAAAUCGAAAGCAUCAGUCCCGCCCGAGAAGACGAGGACAGAUCGCGGUAUCUCGCCGAAUGACGGUUUUAAACAUAUUAAUAAAAAGUUUUAAAACUACCCUCACUUUACAUACCAGUACAAGCAACUGCGGUUACAUGUGUUUGCGUGGCUGCGGUUUUUUCCCGCUAUUGUAAAAUCAAAAAUAUUUAUUGUAUAUGUUUAUCAAUUACAUUAUAUACUUAAAAUCGACUGCAUUUAACAAAACAUUGUACGCAAAAAAAAUUUUUUUUUUCGUUUUUUUUAAUUAUUGUCACGUGGUAUUGCGGUUAACCGCAGGCGGGAAAAAAUGGGAGUUUCUGUUAAUUUGAAUAUUGCUUAAAUAUCUUGGAAAGUGUUUUUUUUAGUCAGUCGAUUUUUGUGUCAGAAAAUGCGAUGGUAUAAAUUAUUUAUUGACUAUUUAAGAUCUCGGUAAAAGAUGUACUUUACUAAUAGACAUACAAUUGUACAUAUGUAGAUUAUGUAAGAUCUAAAAUCUAAUUUAGAUGAAUCAUCGAAAAGGCAUUUUAAAACUUAAAAAUAAUUUAUUUAAGACGCAAGGUAUCUUGAAAAAAAUCCUGAAAAAAAUAGUUAUGGUAGCAAAUAAUGCCUUAAAUUUAAAAGAAACAAAACUUCAUUAAAAAAACUUAAAAAGCUGUGAUUUAAACACGCUUUUUUUGUGGUAACAUUAUCUGAAGAAAGUCUGAAUAUAAUUUAAACUCAAAAGUUUCUAUUUUUUGCUAAAUAUCGAUAGAUUGAUAAAGCAAUUUGUGUGAUCACAAAAAAAAGAAUUUCCGUCUAAAAUCGGUUAAGUAGUUUUCGAGAUGUUCACGCAUUCAAGAAACAAGCAAAUGCGUUGUAGGUAUAUAAUAUAAGUAUUCAAGACGGUUUAUUUUUUUUUAAUUCAGGGUACAAAUGUCGCUUUGUUUUGAAGUUUGUUUCUUUUAAAAAAAAUUGUUUUGCUAUCAGCGCAACUACUAGGGGGUAUUGUACUGAAAAUAUUAUAUUAACCUUUAUGCGGUGAACUCAACACUGCCCAAGGUGUCAAACUAUAAUAACGUCAUCGAAAGAUGGCGCUGGCAUUUUGUCUUAGUACAAAAGAUUUAAUUAAUAGGGAUGGCUUUCGUAUAUGCUAUUCGAUGGGGUUCGAUUUCCAGCGAAGUAUUUCUGGAAUUUACUAACGCACUUUAUCAAUGAUAGACUAGAUUGUCCCAUGCCCCAUUUGUAAACAGCUACGAUCAACAACGGCAAUCCUAAUUUGGGAAAAUCGUAUUUUUUUACGGUUCGGAUGAUUUAAAAAAAUCAUCCAACUUGUAGCAAUUGUCAUUUUGCCGGGUUUUAGUCGUACCAUAAAGAUUUUUAUAUAAAAAAAAUAUCGGUUAUAAAUUGAUUGAUAUAUAAUUUGGAAGUUAUUAGAUCAUAUUAUAGAACUUCAAAUAGUCUGCAGCAACAUCUCACGGCAGUUUCAGUAAAAAAUACUAGUCUCAGGGUUCCCAUCUCCUUACCAUAAUUUAAUUACACCUUUUUCAUAUGAAAUGAUGAAGUAAUGUUCGCGCAUGUUUACUAAGAAAACUUAAAUUUUCUAUGAUUUACACAAGUACUUAAAUAAUGUAAUAAUAUAUAUUAUAAAAACUUCUGCGCAUCUAAUCAAUGGCCAUUAAUUAGCAUCAUAUAGAAUUUGGUUAUGUAUUUCAUACAUAUAUAUUACGUUCAUUUUUUUCCUUACUAGGGUUUCCUGGAAAAGAUUGCUUGUUGGCAAUAAGACCAAUUAUCCCUUAUAAUUUUACUAAAUAGAAAUAAAAAUAUACUUACAGUCCUCUACGCCUAAUCACUUGCGGAUGUGUGUGUCUUUGGGUGUUUGACGAAUUUCACUAGUAAUUUAUUCGUAGAUGUUUUUAUUAUUUGACUGAGUUAGUAAAAUGAGACUGAGUAAAGUUUUGUUGGAAUAUUCUUCAAAUGUAAAUGUUCACUCUGACUUUCAUAUAGCCACAAACAACUAGAUACGCGCCCUUCAUUAAUUUAACAACCAGAUUGGAUGAAUUUGUGGGUAGUUUUGAGGGUAAAACCAUGGAAUAACAAAUUCUUACUGAGCCAAUAAAAAUACAAUAUACAUUUAAAUAAAAUUAAUUGUAAUUAUUGUAACAGUUCUUUAAGAGGAAACCGAUUCGACUAUAAAUCACAAUUGUGCUUACCUGAUCUCGUUCGUACUUAUUUAUUCAGGCCUUGACUGAUACCUUGAUUUGCCUAAAAUAUCCCAGUCCUUUAUAAUAGGGUUCAAAUAUUACUACAUUUUUUUCUCAAUAUUGGAGUACGCAAUAAAUUCAGUAUAAACCCAUGAAUCACCAUCACAAUUCUUAAUCAAGGUAUUAGUUUUGGUUGGUAAAUUAGGACAUUGCUACAAUCCACAAACCUUGGAGCAUAAACUUCAUACUACAUAAUGGAGAAGUCUCUUCCUUGGUAUAAAGUCUAUUUACAAAAAUGUUUUUAAUAUAUGAAACUUAUUUAACCCCAAUAUUUCCAUACAAAUUGCGCUUAGCGUACAUAGAAUAGUUUUAUUGUAAUACUAAUGUAAUUGUGUGAUUUAUGAGAGUAUUUAUUCUACAGUGAGCAAAAUAGUAUAUAUUUAAAGCAAUAAAAAUUAUUUUGAUCACUGAUUAUGUCUUAGGUUCGUUUUACAAGACUACUCAAAUAUAGAACUAGAUGAAAUUGUACCGACAUUUUUAAUCUGUUAUUUUUGUUUACUAAAUAAUAUAUUUUUUAAAUUAUAUUUGUUGUUAAUACAUGGUAUGUUUACUGCUGCAACAAAUGCAAUUUAAUAGGCGUUAGUUUCUUUAAGAAAUAAAAGAAUGAAGGGUUUGUUUUUAAUUUUGGAGAUCAAGUUCAGGUUUGAGAAAUGUUUUGUAAACCGAACGUAAAGUGUGCUAAGUGUAACUGCAAUGCAGUGAGAAUCAAUUCAAAUAUUUACACAUUAUUUUUCUAAUCACUUGAAUAAAAACAAAUCAUUGUAACACACUGCUUUCCAUGUGUGCGCUCACAAGAGCCUUAACAAUGUAAUUAAAUCUAAUAUUUAUGUCUUAAUGUAAAUAAUAAUUGUACUUAAUAUGAGGUUCGAUGUAAUGGAUUCACUCUCUCAAAAUUCAAAUCUUUUAUUUUGAGAAUGAAGUGGAGGGUAGUUCAUAAACUCCUGUAUAAAUGUGGGUAGUUUCUUAUAAGCAGAAACUAAAUAAAAAGCAUUUGCACAAUUGUAUGAUAAAACACUGAUAGCCAUUUCAUUUAGUCUUGGUGAUUAUAUGUUAAAUCCUUACAUUAUCAAAGCCCAUAGUAACCCACAAGUUUAUCAUCUAUUUCAAAAUGGUAUAACAAUUCUAACCCUUAGUCAUUACAAACGACCCUCGUUAGCUUGUCGUAGCAAGCUAGAGAAGCAUUUGUAGAAUUAUCCAGGAAUGUCUAUAGGUUUUAGAUGUAAGGUUAAGUUAAGUUCUCAAUAUUGACUUUGUUUACGUCCAUUUUGAUUUUUUUAUUGCUUUACAUCUGUGUUGACUACAAAUAAUAGUGGAAACUGGAAAGUUGAAUUUGUAUGGACACAGAUAUGUAUAGCAUUUAAUCUUAAUAAUGUCCUUUAGGAAUCCUAAGUGCAAUCACUUUGGUCCUUUUAGUUUCUCAUUAUUUUGUAUAUAUGAAAGAAAAGAUAUUUUUUGUUAUUAAUAUUUGUAAAUGUAGUUUUAUUUUGUUGAAAGAAUAUUAACUUUCUGUUGAUAGAUAUAAUAAAGAAUUUUUGAUGACUCUAAA